UUUUAUAUAUUAUUAUCAGCUGUCACGUUGACACUGACGUCACAGUCUCCCUGGCAGUGGAACCUGACAUCUGUUCACCAAAGAAGACAGUCAGGAAGAUGUUAAUCCAUUCAGCCUGCACACUGGAACAUGGGCCUGUUGUCAAUCCUCCGGAGGCUGAAGCAGUCACCAGAACAGGAGGUGCGCUUACUAUUGUUAGGUCUGGACAACGCUGGAAAGACCACGCUGCUGAAACAGAUGGCGGCCGAAGAUAUCAGCCACAUCACCCCGACUCAAGGCUUCAAUAUAAAGAGUGUUCAGUCUUCGGGCUUCAAGCUCAAUGUCUGGGACAUUGGAGGCCAACGCAAGAUCCGCCCGUACUGGAGGAACUAUUUUGAGAACACGGACGUGCUGAUCUAUGUGAUUGACAGCUCAGACAAGAAAAGGUUUGACGAGACAAGUCUAGAGCUGGCUGAGCUCCUGGAGGAGGAGAAGCUUGCUGCGGUGCCACUGCUCAUUUUUGCUAACAAGCAAGACUUGAUGACUGCCUCGCCGGUCUGCGAGCUGGCGGAGAGUCUCAACCUGCACACUAUCCGUGAUCGCAUGUGGCAGGUCCAGGCCUGCUCAGCUGUCACUGCCGAAGGACUUCAGGAUGGCAUGAACUGGGUUUGCAGAAAUAUAAAAUUUCGGAAAAACUAACCGAGGAAACAGACGAUCUGUGAAGAAUUGCAGUGGCACUUUACAUUUGAAUUAUUCUGGACUAAAAGUUGACAUCAUCCUGUCUUUAGGAUCGAGUAUCAUUAUGACAGGGGUAAAAAAAAAGUAUAAAUUGUCAUUGUGGGGAUUCCACUUGUUUGCUUGAAAUGUAAUGUUACUGGUUUCCAACACAAUCACAUAUUUUGUCUGAUUCUUCUGUGUCUAUCUUUGUGUCUGCCUGUGAGUCUCCCGAGUCAACGCUAGAGGGCAGCCUUGCACUACUAUGUCUCUCCUCACCUGUCGUCUAGUUAGUAUGUAUAUUGAAGCUUCCUGUGCAUCCCAUAAUUACCUACUAUUUCUUUACUCAGACAGCACUGUUCACUCAUACUGUAUAUCGCGAACUGCAGAGUAGUCCAAUGGAUUCCGAAACAGGGCGACUGUGGAUCAGUUGUACGGCUGGUUGUCUGUCAACGGGAAGUUGGAGGGUUUGAUUCUAGGCUCCAAUAGUGCCAAUGUGUCCCUGGGCAAGACACACAAAUGGCAGUGAGUAGCAAUGGAUGUGUGAAUAAAUGUGUGAAUGGCAAACA